UGUUUCUUCUCGCUGGCUUCCGGCAUCGAGAUGCCAGAUGUGAAUGCGCGCUUCCACGAGCACCGUUAAAUCGUGCUUUGUCAUGAGAUUCGAAAUGUUUCGCGAGACAAUGUUAGAAGUUUCGUGCUCACGGUGAACGAGUUCGGUGAGUUCGGUGACGACGAGUGAGUCAACGACGAGCCGACUGGCCAGUAUCGAAAAGCAAUCGAGACGUCGUACGCGUUCGCAGAGGAUAGCGUGCGUUGCAUGUGUUUGGCAGUGUUCCGGAAAGGAGUGUAUCCACUGUCCCCAACAAGCAAGAUUGAUUUGCAAUUCGCCAGGAACGCGAACCAGGACGUUCAUCGGCGCGGCGGUACACCCGGAGCGUGUUGACAUGCCGCUUCUUCGCAAACAGCCGUUCCAACGUCUUCACGUCUCGUCAGAUUUCAAAGACGAUGACGAGGUUUUCCACUGCGAGGUUACCAAUGAAAUCUUCAAGGACUACAAUGAAUUUUGUGAGAGAAUUAUUUUAUGCAACUCGCUCAUAUGGUCAUGCAGCAUAACUGGCAGAACUAACAUGACCUUCGAGGAGGCUUUACAAUGCGAAGAAAAUGCUAAAAGAAGCCUUAAAGAAUUUCCCAUGGAGCUGCGUAUACCUAUAUUAUACCUUGCCAGUAAAACAAACAGAUCGUCCUUCAAAGAAAUGAUAGAGGAUGUGUAUCAGUUUGCGAGAGAUCGUUAUUUUGUAGGUGAAAUGGUAGAAGCGAGUUUCACAGAAGAUUCUUGGUGCGAUUGCCAUGUUCUGCAAGUUAUUGCACCUUCUGAGCAGCAAAUUAAAUUGUACAAUAAAGAGAACAGCAGAAGUCCGCAAGAACAGCAGUAUCAUCCACCAGCAAAAUUAUUUCGUUAUGAAGUGGAACAGUUAGACUCGGGCGAUUCUGAUGUUAGCCAACUUAUGAUAGUGGAAGCGGCGCAAGUGAGAAGAAGAAAACAGCAUUACAGCAAAGAGCGUAAUAAAAUUUUUCUACGUCAGUUAUGUGAACAGAAUGAAAGUGGAAUAUGGGUUAUUAAAGAUAGCGUUUUACAGAAAUAUGGCAUUAAUAAAGUACGUUUUGAUACUAUAUUCGCUGGUCCACCUCCGGAUUUUACAUCACGCAUUAAAAAGCCUAUUAAACACAAACAAGAAUCAAUAGAUAAAUUUCUUACUACGAAUGUAUCAAAACAGAAGCUAGUGGAGAAGCCUGAUCCAUUGAAAAAAGUGAAUCAAGAAGGUGUGGACAUAAAAAAGUUUCGAAAACCAAGAACAAAUGGAAAAUUUAAAGAACAGCUUAAAGCGAAGGCUCUUGAAGAAAAAGCGAAACGCAAGGAAGAAAGAGUAUUGAAAAAUGAGCGUAAAAAAGAAGAGAAACAAAAAUCAGCAGCUCUAGCUGCAUAUAUAAGACAAUGGAACAAGCCAAGAGAAGAUCUUGAAUGUGAAGAUCUUUCUCCUAUUCCAGAGGCUACGCCGUUCAAAAGUAGCAUACCCAAUGAAAAAUUUGGCGAUAGUGUAAUGAUUCUCGAGUUUUUAGAAUUUUUUAACGAAGAACUGGAAGUUAGUGCAUAUUUUCCAAAUGGUUUUACUUUAGAUCUGUUGGAAAAGGCAUUAUUAGUGAAAGAUACAUCUGGACCCUGGAGUGAUCUUCUACAGUUGCUGUUAGCAAACAUUUUUAAAUAUCAAACAGAUGAAGAGGAUGAAAUUCAUGCUCAGGCAUCUGAUAUAACGAGCGAUGUUAGCACGAAUGAAGGAGUGAUAUCAAUGACAAAAGCUGUAAAACUUUCUACUAUGGUAUCUAGUUGGAGUCAGAUACACCAAGGUUGCAAAUUAUCUGAAUUGACGUUAGAUCAUGUAACUUUAAGUGAAAUUUUAAGACAACAUUUGUUAUGUUCCGGAGGACGAAUUGGCGACGUUGCUACAAAGUGGAGAUAUUCGCAAAGAGGUGGUUAUACAAAUCAAGAUGAUCCCGCACUGUUAAUGAGGAUAAACGAGGCAUAUAUCUUAAGACUGUUAGGUCAUCGUAAUGUUCACGAAUUUGAGUUAGAUGAGAAGUUAAAAGUAGCCACGUGCUUGAUAAACCAGUUGCUCACUUUUGCUUCAAUACGAGACGUGAUAGAAGAACGACGCGAAAAACUUCACCAAGCAAAGAAGGAAUUGAGAUCUUUCUUAAUAGCUGAACAACGGAAAGAGAAAGAAGAAAAAGAAAAAAUGAGAGAACGGGAGAAAGAAGGCGAAAGUAAAGCACCAAAGAAGAUUACACGCGGCAGUUGUGAAGAGGAGAAAAAGAAAGAAGAAUAUGAAAAUAAAUUAAAAGAACUUCAGGAAGCAUCUAGAGAUGACAAAAUGAUGGUUUAUUUAGGUUCAGAUAGAGCUCAUCGUAGAUACUGGAGAUUUUUAUCAAUACCAGGAAUAUUCGUGGAGAACGAUGAAUGGUGGUCUGGUAACUGUCUUCCUGAUGGUACACCUUAUCAACCGGAAUUAUUAGAUACAGAAGCUAUGCAUGCAUACUUAAAAAAUAAAUUUGAAGAUGAGUUUAGCGAUAAAGAGAAUAGUUUCAAGAAAGCAAAAAAGUCUCCUAAGAAAGUUUCGUUCUCUGACAAAAACGUCCUUAAAUCUCCAAGGAAAGAUAUAUCCCGAAAAGAAUUCAAACAAGAAUUAUGUGACAUUAGAAAAAAUUUAAUGGCUUGUACAGGGGAUAAAGAAUGUCCUGUACAUUGUAAGAGAUCAGAAUUGAAAUGGAGUUUCUAUGGGAAACAGGAAGACAUAGAGGUUUUAGUAAAUGGUUUAAAUAAACGAGGAAUUAGAGAGGGUGAACUCAGAAAUAAUAUUACACAAGAAAUGACAAGCAUAAUGUCUGUGAUUGAGGAAUGUCCUAGGCAUAAACUUAAUCCUGAAGUCUUUUCAGAACCUAUCAAAGUGCAUCCUAACAAAAUCUCAAAGAAGAACAGAUAUGAAAAUGCCAACUUAAAUUUCCCUCCAGAAGUGCCAGUCGAUGUCGUUUUAGAAUUAACUCUAAGAGAUUAUAUCUUAGAUUUUGAAGAUAGAGUGAAAGGAGGGGGUCUUGGAAGUUUGAAAGUUAACGAUCGUGAAAUAUGGAGGGAUAUGAUAAACAAAAGGAAAUAUGAUAAACAAUGCGAUAAAUUAACGUAUGGUACAAAUGAAGUUGAAACAGAUAUUCUUUCUGAUGCGUCGUUAGACAAAGUUAAGAGUGAAACUAAACACAGUAGGCCUGGAACUCCAGAUUCGGAAGUUGGAAGUAUUAAUAUGAAAACCUACAAAGACUCGGGAAAAUAUUUAGGUCCACCAAGUGAAAAUGAAAUAGUUCCAGAUUUUAAACAACAGUUGACCAUUAAGCAAAUGGCUUGCGCUAUUUUACAGUUGUCCCAAGCUAUUGAGCAAAAGUACUUACAGAAACCGUUAGGCGUUAGUGAGAAAGAUAAAAAAUCCGGCGAAGAUACUAGGGAAAAAUGGGAACAAUCGCUCAUGGCAUCGACAAGUUGGUCUCAAUUGUUUCUACACUUGAGUACUCUAGAAAAUAGUGUUGCAUGGAGUAGAAGUGUAUUAAAUGCUCAGUGUCGAGUAUGCAGACGGCGACGAGACGGCGAUAAAAUGUUACUGUGUGACGGAUGCAACAAAGGCCACCAUUUGUAUUGUUUACAACCAAAACUAACUAGUGUGCCGGAUGGAGAUUGGUAUUGCAAGACAUGUAAGCCAUCGACUAAACCAAAAGAAAAAAUUAAAAAGAGAACAAAAUUUGAAGAUGAAUUCGAAGAAGACGUAAUAUUAACCAAAGAAACUCGACAUAAUCGUACAAAACGUGUUCUUGAAAGCGAGGAAGAAGAAGAGUCAGAUGAUAAAGAAUUAGAAGAAGAUAGUGAUGAUGAUAUAAGUAAUCAACAAAUAAAUGUUUGCUCCAUGUGCAAAAGCGGUGGAAAAUUAAUCAGUUGCGAUAUUUGUUCAAGCUUUUAUCACGUAGAAUGUUUAGAACCUCCUAUAACAAGACCACCUCGAGGAAGAUGGAUUUGUUCAGAAUGCAAGGAUAGGAAAGACAGACGAGCAAAUAUGAAAUACGUGAGGGGGCGUGAAAGGGAAAGGGACAAGGAGAGACUGUGCGCUGCAGCAGCACGCUCUCGCAUCCAUGGCUUUGCCAAGAGCCUCCUCACUACAGAAUCUACAGACUGGGACGACAGCAGCACGUCAGAAGAUACUGAACCAAGACAAACUAGGAGAGCAGCUAAAAGAGCUGCUGAAAUUGAACAAGAAGAAGAUAAGGGAACAAUCAAAGGGUGUAUGGGAAGACUGCAAGAAUUGCUUUCAGAUAUUAGACAUCACAGAGAUUCGUGGCCUUUUCUAUCACCUGUUACAAAAGACGAAGUGCCAGAUUAUCAUGAUAUUAUUUCCAAUCCUAUGGAUUUUGGUACAAUUAAAUAUAAACUUAAUAAUAGCGAAUACGAAACACUGGAACAUUUCUUCAGCGAUUGUCAUUUAGUAUUUAAAAAUUGUCAAGCUUAUAAUGAAGAACACAGUUCUGUCUACAAUUACGUAUACAGAGCAGGUAUCAGGUUGUUGAAGUACUACGAGAAACGAUGCAAAGAAUUAGGAUUGAUGACACAUGAAGAAUUACUACGAUCUCCGGAUGCAAAGAAACCGAAACUCGAAGAGAAUGGUCUUUCAAUUAGCGAUGAUGAAGACACAGAAAAUAUUCAAAAAUCAAGAUAGAGAUAAAGUACUUUCUUUAAGCUGUUAUAUUUAUUGAUAUCAAUUUUUACUCCUGAUACGUAAAUUAUAUGUACCUUGAUACUAAAUUUGUACACAGAUGUUGAUACUAAAUUUGUGUACAGAUUCAUGAUUCAACAAAAGAAAUUCUGUAAAGUAUAUAUUAUUAAAAAAGAAAAAGAGA